AAAACAAACAUCAAUCCACUCAAUCUCUUACUAAUUCUUCUGAUGAUUUGGGUAAUACGGAGGAAAGGAAUAAUCCUAGAAUAGAAACUUCUGUCACUGAAAUUAAUGAAUUAAACGACUGCUCUUUGGAUAAUCAAUUUCGGGAAAGAAAAGAAAUAAUAAUUGUCAAAGACAAUAUUUCCAAAAUAAAAACUUUUUUAGAGCAAGAGGGAGUAAGUUAUGAAAUUUACCAAAAAGCUCAGGGAGUAGACAUUUUUGCUAACUAUAGCAAAGCUAUUAAAAAUAAAGAACGAGAAAAAGAGUUAAAAUUGUGGGAUAAUGUUGACCUUGACGAGGAGUUAAAUAGUGAUGAUGAAACUGAGAAGUUUUUGGACUUUGAGGUACCAGUGGUGAUUAAUAACAAAGAAGGUUUGGCGAUGUUGGAUCAAAUAAAAACAGUGGAUAAAUCAAGGUUGAUUAGAAAAUUAGGAAAGCUGACUGAGAUGGAAAUGUUAGCAAUUAGAGAAAAACUAGAUCUGGUUUUUGAUUAA